CAUUUUUGGGUAAAGCAUUAUAACGACUGCUAUGAGAUAGAUACAGGGAUCAGUAGGUGAUCACUCACCAGACUGAAACAUUCCUAAAUGCUAACCUACUUUUGUUUGUUUCCUCUCAUGUUUUCGCUUUCCUUUCUUCUUCUUCUUCUUCUGCAUUGAGCCUUCUUUCUUUUUCUGUUUUCAUGGCAUCAAGCAACAACAACAUUCAGGCAAUACCUCGCAGCCGAAAACAUCAAAACUCAGCCGUGACGAUCGCCCUUGGCCGCAGGAGGGGGACCCACAAGAAACACUCUGGUGGUGGUGAUGGCAAUUGCAGUUCCCCAGUUGUGAAUUCUUGGGAAGGUGGUUCCAAGAAAAGUGAGGUUUCUGCGAGGAAGCUCGCUGCUGGGUUGUGGCAGAUGCAGUAUAUUCAAGUCUCAAGGGAUCAUCAUGCUGCUGCUUUUGGACGCAGCUCCUUUCCUUCCUCCAUGUCCCAGCUGGCUAAUGGAAAUGCAAAGAUCAGGUUUCCCCAUUAUGACAAACCUGGUGAAAAGUUUCAAGAGACCAAGGAUCAGCUAAAGAGGCCAAUAACCAUCUUGCGUUCAAGAAACGGACUUCGAUCUGAGCUUGAAUCUUCUAUGCCACAUCUCAAUGGUUCAAAAGAAAUGGCCACAGAAUGGAGCCCUACUCUCAAUGAAGCAUCCAAUGAGUUCAUCAUGAUCCAUAGCAGGAAGCUUCUCGAAGACAAAAAAUUAGUAGGUGACCAUAACUCUGUUGUCUCCACUUUGCUAGAAGAACUCCUUCAAGCUCAAAGAUCCAUCAAUAAACUCAAAGCAGAGCAAAAGACCAUCCAGAAAAACGUUGAACAUUUUUUGCAGAAUCUCAAAGAUGACAAAAUCUUUUUGAAGAGCAAGGAACACCACAAGAUUAAAGCAACAAUAGGUGAAUUAAAGGGUAAGUUGGAAAGGGAAAGAAGAAGUAGAGAGAGGAUGGAGUUACUAAACACCAAAUUGGUGCAUGAACUAGCUGAAGCCAACUUAUUAAGGAAGCAGUUUAUGACAAACUGCGAGAAAGAUAAGAAAGAGAGAGAACUAAUGGAGGAAAUGUGCGAAGAACUAGCCAUGCAAAUAGGAGAAGACAAGGCUAAGCUUACAGUAAUACUAAGUGAGUCCAAGAGAAUUUGCGAGGAAGUGGAAGAAGAGAGGAACAUGAUGCAAAUGGCUGAACUUUGGCGCGAAGAACGCGUGCAAAUGAAGCUUGUUGAUGCACAAUUUGUUCUUGAAGACAAGUAUAACCGGUUGGUGCAACUUGCUGCUUCUCUUGAAAGGUUCUUGAUAUCAAGGGGUGCUGAACUUGACACUACGGAACUAGAGGAUGCUGAGUUGAUCAAACAAGAAGUUGAAUCAUUGAAUAUUCAACGUGUUAUGGAGCUUUCUUUUGAUGUCUAAAAAACUUCCAAGAUAUAUAUAGUUCACAAUAUUCUAGGAACAUGGUAUGAACAGUUUUCUGCCUUUCGUCGAUACACAAAUAAAUAUAGAACAAUGGUCUGGUUGUAAUUCCACUUUUCAACCUUUCAGUCGUUUCUACGCAGAGGAAGAAAUAAGAAAAGAAAAUUGAAGAAAUUGAUGAUAAAAAUAAGUAACAUGAUUGAGAGAGAAGAAAAAAAGUGUGUGGAAAUUAUUAUAUAAACCCUGUGACAUGAGUAAGGUCAGUACUUCAACCUUUUUGUCGAUUCUAUUCACAGUAUAAAGCCAUACAGCAUCUGGAAAUGAGUCUAUCUAUGAAUAUAUAUUUCCAUUUUAUGAAUAUUUUAUG